CUCGUCCAUUUGUUGUAGACGCGUCUCGUGGAUAUCGAGGAGGUUCGCGCCGAGGUCGCCGCCGAUGACGCCUUUCGGAGCGAGAGAACCGGGCUGGAAACCUCCCAACGAGGCGGCAUCGGGAAUGUUCCAGGCUUCUUCGAGAGCGAUCUUGUUCAACAUCUUGUCAACUUAAACAAUAUCCAGAGCGUAAGCAGGUUUAGCAGACUCUUCAAUGAAGGACAGCAAGUGCGAUUAUGCCCCGGAUGGCAUCGGUCGAUCCCGGAUAGUGGAGUUGUGUGGAGGUCCUGAAAUUCCGACGAUUUGUGUGUCCAUGAUCAUUGCUCCCAUGAUCCCGCGCUUUGGAUCGAGGGGCAAUUGGAGGAGGCUUCGGGAGCAACGGCGGAGAAGGGAAAAUCUACGGGGAGGAACUUCAAACGUCUGGGUGUACGACACAAAGGUAGACUACAUGCUGCAGCAUAUUGUAUUUUUGGUGUCUAGUAUGCCCUUUCAGCUAGCUGCUUAUGCGUACGGGGUAGGUAAGGUGAGGGCAACAUGUUUCUGGUUCUAUUGCUCUUGUCUUUCCUCCGUACGGAGGAAAAGGGGGAUAUCUAGAUGUUCGCGCACGGAGGUUCGCGCACGAGCAUCAUGCCGUGACGCUGCUGCUGCGUACGGACAAAUGCACUAUUUUCAUAGCGUGCAGUCGAAGUUCAGUGGUCAAAAACUGCGACAGAGCCUCAACAUUGGAGCAAUGAAUCACAGCUUUUCUUCACCAAUUCAGCUCGGCUUUCAGCAAAACCAGUGCACUUGUGCUUGCCUGCCGGUGUUCACCCUUUGUAAGGCCAACCAUGGCCUCGCUUCCGGCUUUCGCGCUACGCCCGGAACAGGAAUCAACCCAACCUCUACCAUCACAUGCCCUCCUUUCGCCAUCUCACUUGUCGCAGCUCGGCCGCCUUCGAUCACCACACCGCCAAACCUGAUCCCUGCAUCUCAUUCAAUUACUCUAUAUUCCUAUCGUUUCAUCCCUCGAUUACCACUGGCGGAGCUAACCACUCUCCAAGUAUUUGGUAACUCAUAUGCCUCCCUUCUCUCGGUCCUAACAGGUUUGUCCUCUUGUGCAAGAAAACGGAUAUCUGCUGUAUACGUGGGCACGAAAUACGUUAUUGAAAAAAAUCCCAUUCAGCAGCUUCCAAAACUGGGCUUAUCCAUAGGUCAGAACUUUGAGGUCGACGACCUCUAG